UACAGGAUGGAAAUGUCUGACACAGUCAAACCUCUGACCUCCUUCCUCAUAGAGGACAUCCUCUCCAUUAAGGACAGCACAAGGUUUAAAGGCAAAUGCUGUUCACAGAAGAUGGAAACAUGUGCACAGUGGAAAGAAGGAGCAGAAGGAUUGUCAGAGCAACUCUGCCCUCAGGAGAUGGAGUUUGGAGUGCAGACAGAGUCUCUGGACACAUCCUGUCCCAGCACCUCAGACUCCAGCAGUCUUUCCUCCUUGGGGAAACAGAAGCGCUCCAGAGCUGCGUUUACACACCUCCAAGUGCUUGAACUGGAGAAGACAUUUAACCACCAGAAAUACCUGUCCGCCCCAGAGAGGGCUCACCUGGCCGGCACCUUAAGACUUACCGAGACCCAAGUGAAAAUCUGGUUUCAGAACCGGAGGUACAAGACGAAACGAAAGCAGCAAACAUCAGAGUUCUGCAGGGACGUGUUCAAAGCGGAGGGCCUGAGAGACGAGCUGGUCCGAUCGUCACUUAUCACCUCCUUCUGCAAAGCUUACCAAUACAGACCCUACCUGUGGGACUACAGUGGCCCCUGGGGGCCGACGUUGUGGUGA